CAAUUGUCAAAACAGGAUAUAUUUGUCCUCAGUUGAGGUGGUAAUUUUAAUAAUAUGAAUUUAUUAUAUUUAAGAUUAUGGAGGGAUUUAUCAUUAUAAGUUUUUGUGUGUUAUCAUUCCUACACGGAAUUGCAGCUCAAAUAACGCAAGCACCAACUGGACCGCAAACGAUCAGUACAACAACUCCAAAAACUUCAACCACGACUUUAACCAUAACUACAUUAGCCACGGCAUCAGCAACGGCAUCAAUGACAACUUCAACCACAACUUUAACCACAACUUCUUCAUACACGGCAUCAGCAACGACAUCAAUGACAACUUCAACCACAACGGCCACACCAAAGGCAGAUUGCCAGAUCUUUCACUCAAUGUCAAGUGAUACAGGAAGGGAUUUCAAUGGACUGCAAUAUACCAACUACACAGUAGUCGACUUACGCAACUGUUCAAUAGCCUAUCCAUUAGUCUUUACGGACUUUGAUGCAGCGUUUCGGACAUAUUUCGCUGACAUAAUUGAUCUAAAUCAAUCCAGUAUUCGCCUAUAUGUACGGAAGGAGAUCCCAAUCGGCCAGUACACUAAUGUUACGUUGAUGGCAAAAGAUCCUUACAAUAAAACUGAAGUCAUAGCCAUAGCAAUAAGAGCUAAAAGUGUGAAUGAUCCUCCGAUGUUUGUCGGCUUACAAUCUACGUUUGAUGUAGCUGAAAACACUGUCGUCGGGAGAAUUGUAUAUUCAGUGACAGUUCUUGAUCCGGAUAUAGGGGAUGCUGGAAACAUUACUAUUUCUACAAAUUCGUCAUUCCUUACAGCUACAAAAGUCAACGGUUCAUUUUUGUCCAUUUUAUGGUCUCACCAUUUGGCAUUGAAUAAAGCUUUAGAUGCAGACACCUUUCAAAGAAAUACGUCUAGCAUUUCUGGGCCAACUGAAGUUAUUUCUGUUCGGGCGAGUGACCCGCUGGGCCUGUACACUGAAGCGAACAUUUUAAUGACAGUAAGAGAUGUUGAUGAUAACGCAGCAGUUUGUCAACCGGAAGUUACUUUUUAUCUUCCAUCUUCUACUUAUCGUAAAGAAUACAUCGUGGGUGAUCUCAAUACGCACUGUGUAGACCGAGACUUUACGCCAGCGAACAGAGAUAUCAUUUUCAUAGUUGUAAAGGGGAACUGUACUGGAUAUUUGCAACCAGCCCGUUAUCAGAGUCCUUUGUCUUUUCCAGCUGUUGAAGGACCUUCUCUGUUUUUUGUUCGCAAAAACAUCUUGUUCGCUUAUCCCUGGUUACUGACACAACAAAAACCGUGUCAGGUCAACAUUUCAGCAGGAAAUGAGUUGCACGGAACCAGUUUUCUAGUAAAAAUCAGAUUUUCAGAAUGCCCUGCAGAUACGGACUUUGCAAACACGAAAUGGCCACCAGGUCGACUUGGGUAUACAGAAGAAAUAAACUGCCCAGGACAUUAUAACGGUACAGUUUUGCGCAACUGCAGUGCGAGUGGCGUGUAUGAAGAACCGAGGUAUUUCUGUACAGCAGAUGACAUCGUUUUUAUAUACCAACAGAUACUGCACGGAGGAAACAUAUCGACUAUAUUGAAGAACUUAUCUACAGCAACGUCUGCAACAGAAAAGUCAACGGGACUAUUUGUUGGUGACAUUGAAACUUCCGGACAGAUAUUAGAUGGAAUAAUCAAAAGAAUCAACACCAGCGUUUCGCCUAAUAUGACCGAUUUGUAUGUCGAAAUUGCCAGCAAUCUUAUGGACGAAAGUAAUAUCAGAUCAUGGAAAACUAUUAUUAACAAGAACGGGACUGGAGCAGAGACAAUAAUGACCAAAGUGGAUAUGUACCUUGCCAAACUUGUCAAAAGUUCAUCAACCAAACCCAACAGUACCAUUACCAAAGCAAAUAUAGCCGUGAAACUCGGACAGACGUCCAAUUGCUCCGUGAUACAGUUCCCAGAUGCCGACUUCCGCCCACGUUGGGACACAGACCACCAUGGUAGUAUUCAAGCGCGAUGCAAUCAAGCUGACGGAGAUGUGCCAUACAGUGCUACAAUUUACCGAAAUGUGUCCAACAUUGCAAGCGUUAACCACAGUUCAACGGCUGAACAAGCUAUAAAUGCUCCAAUACUUGGACUAAGCGUAUACACAAACGACGAACGAUUGAUGCAACAACAAGUUAACAUUUCAUUUCAGAUUUUCAAUAAAUCGCUAGGUAAUCCGCAAUGUUCGUUCCUCGACACGUCGAAAUACCAGUGGGCUACGGACGGAUGCAGGUUGAUAGAACACAUUGAAUCCGAGGGUAUGGUACACUGUCAAUGCGAUCACCUGACGAAUUUUGCUAUCCUCAUGAGCCCUUCCACCGUAUCUUCAGCGCCUACACCUGAGGUGAUUAAACAGGACCACGCUCUAAGAGUAUUCACAAUUGUAGGCUGCUCGUUUUCUAUAGUUGGACUUGUGUUGACCAUUAUUGUAUACGCAAUCUUUUGGCGAACCGUAAAAUCCGGACGUUCGAUUCACCUGAUUGUCCUUUGCUGUACGUUUUUAUUUACGUACAUCUUAUUUCUCAGUGGAGUAGACAAAACAAGCAAUAAGGAUAUGUGCACAGCAAUUGCCGUAUUUCUGCACUACUCGAUUCUUGUGGUUUUCUUCCUGAUGCUGGCAGAAGGCGUUACAAUUGCUCUUCUUGUUCUUAGGCCUUUGAAAAAACAAGAACUGUAUAUUCAAUGUAUUUUGGCGGCCUUUUUGAUUCCACUAGUCAUCGUCAGUGUAUCGAUGGGAGCGACACAGUUAAACGGAUAUGGCAACGAAUUCUAUUGUUGGUUGGAAGUGGGAUCCGGGCUGUUCUGGAGUUAUGUGGCCGUUAUCAUAACCAUCAUCAUAGUAAAUGCUGUCCUUCUUUGCAUCGUGGUGAAGUUUGGUGUUUGUGGAAUUACAGCCAUGGCGAGGAAGUCCGAGAUCGAAAAGAUAAAGGCAGGCAUUAGAAGUAUAGCCAUUUUGAUUCCAGUGUUCGGGCUAACAUGGAUAUUUGGUGUAUUUGCAAUCAACGAGGCAACGCUGGUUUUCCAAUGGCUCUAUGUUAUACUAAAUACUUUACAGGGUGUCAUGAUAUUCGUCGUGAAGUGCGUUAUGGAUAGAAAGAUUCGCAAGGAGUUCCUUGAAUGUUGGAGGCGCAGGACAAGGGACGUUUCAGGAUUUUCAUCUUCUAUUCCGAACAAAGUGUCAAAGGACGAAACAGGAAAAACGACUGAGACAGAUUUAUAAUUCUUCACCACGUCAACAUCCUCGUUUUACAUAUUUAUAUGAAGAAUUAUCUUAUUUAGUAGGAACAAUAUUUAUUCAAAUUUUUUAUCACUUAUUGAAUUGUUAUUUAAGUACAAUAUUCGUACACACUACCAAACAUGAUCGAUGAUAUGAUCGAUAUGAUAUGAUCGAUUUAUUUCUACAAAAUGAAAAAGAAUCUAACACCUGCAUGCCUAGUACAAAAGGCAGCGGCGGUGAAAUAUCACAAGUGAUAGAUGUCUCAAAUUCCUUUCAAUUAUCAAACAUCAAGUCUACGAACAACCUAUUUCAAGAGUGUCAACAUUGAAAUCCAAUAUCUAUUGUCACUGGAAUUACUUUGUUUCCAACACAAUACUACUUUGGUGAACGCUUCAUCAUGCAACGUUUAGGACUCAUUGUUGCAACUGAUUGAACACCUUUCCUUCAAAAAUGUACUGAUAAUCCAUUUUGUAUGUUUGGGGCAGUUGAGACAACUGCACACACUUUCUUCUGGAAUGCCCUAUCUCUGACGAACAAAGAUCAAAUAUGGUGGACAUGUUCCAAUCUCCACCACCGCCUCUUGUACAAUUUAUGAUGCUUUUUAUUAUGAAACUCCAUGAUCACACAGUUUUAAACCUUUUAUAUUAUAAGGCAGACUGUGUGUGAUGUUUUUAGUUUCUAACGAUGACUGCAUCGUAUCUUUGAAAAGUAUUUGCAUGAGGUGCUCUGAAUUGUUUCCCUCCAUCUGCAGAUAGAGUUGGGAUCUCUAAUCAUUGAAGUACUUGGGGUUUACCUUUUCGUUUUUUUAAUAUUAUUUGUUUUAUUGAUAAGUUUCCUCAAGUUAAUGCAUACUUUGAUAAGACUUACCUUUUGCGUUUUAUCUUUAUUAAGAAUUGUUGGGAUAAGAGUGAGGUUUGUGCACAUAAACUGGUUUAAACCCCCAGUAAAUUUACAUUUUACUGACCGUUCCAAGGCGGUACCUAACAAUAUUUGAUAAACAUACCAAUUAUUUAUAUAUAUAUAGUAUUUAUGCACUGUGCUGUUUGUAGAGUUUUGUGCUGUUCUAUGUUUCUUGUUGGUGAUUUUGUGUUCUAUGUCUUUUGCGUUUGCCCAUUGCCACAUAACCGGGUUUAUGUUUAAACAUUUUGCUACUGAGCAUGUUUCUGUAGCUUUUUGCAUAAUAUUAAUACUCGAUACUUAAUACGAAGACUUAAACAUUAAAAUAUGCAAAGUACCAAAAUUAUCUAAUUAACACUGUGUUAUAUAUUUACAUGAAGGCCUACCUUGACCCAUGGAUCUGAGCGACCAUCCAUUUCUUCUGAAUUAAUGCAUCAUCAUCUGUAUAUCACUUGUCUCUUACUACCGAUCAUACUUUGUCAUUCAUGUUACUAUAAAAUCCAACAUCGUCAAGAUGUAGUUCAAUACAUCAAUACAUAAUCAUACCAAAAUGCCAUAUAGCUUAUACUUAAACACCUUACAUGAUUCUCAUAUAGUUUUUCCAAUGCGAUAUUGUAUAAUAACACUUAUUAUUGAGUAUCCUUUUUUACUUUUAUUACGUCUCUGUAUUAUCAUUGGUUUAUUCUUUCUA